AGAAGAAGCACCAGUAGAAGAAGAAGCAGAAGCGGAAGCAACAACAUCAGUAACUACAUCUCCAGUUUAUAAGGUCAAUGAUCUUUCGCCCGCCAGCAUACCAGCUGAUGAGGAAUCCUCCUCGCCGGGCAGCGAUAAUCAAAUGCCAAAAAUUGAGCGUCGAACACCAGUGGAGACCAUUAAGAUUGAGUCCGAUUCGGAGGUGGAGGAGGAAAGGAAACAAAAUGAUGACGAUGAUGAUGAUCAUUGCAAAAUGGAUGCAGCAACUGAACCAAGUGAUAAUUUGGUUGAUAUUAAAGCAACAACGCAACCAGUGAAAAUAAAUGGUGCACAUGCCGCAUUGGAAGAAUUGGACAGUGAGGAGCAGCAGGAGCCGGAGCAGCAAGAUGCGGAGGCAUUGCAAUUGUCUGUGAUAGCAAAGGAGGAGGAGCAACAGCAGCAGCGGACAACAAACUCAAGUCGAAGAAGUAGCCGCAGUAGCAGCAGCAGCAGCACAGUUAGCUCCACAUCACAGCAGCUGGUCAUUGAUCAUCCAGAUAGCGAGCAGAACAACAAGCAGCAGCUGGAGCAGCAGCUGGUGGAGGAAUGGCAAUUGUUGCUUGCAUCAAAGCGCAGGCGCAGCGGCAGCAACGGCAGCGAGGGUAACAACAGCGAUAGCAACAGCAACAACAAUAAAAAGCAGUGCCCGGAGCAGGAGCAACAUGAUCAACAAUCAUCGCUGCUGUUACAGCGACUACAAGCGCCAGUGCCAAAUAGCAGCGACGUUGCACAGACUCUAAGUUGCUACAAGUGCAAUGCGCAAAGCUUUGAUAAUUUCCAGCAGCUAAAUGCGCAUCACGAAGUGUGUAAAGUAACAGCAACAGAGGCAACAACACCAGCAACAGCAGCUACAAUAGAUGCGAUAGCAGCAGCAGCAACCAUAGCAACAGCUGCUGCAACAACAGAUGCUCCAACUCCAACUCCAGCUGUACAAAAGGAACGUUUCUUUCGUUGCGUACGCUGCGACACUGUCUAUCAAUGUUGGCAGUUUUUUCUGCACAUGCGCGACGUGCAUCAGCGCUAUAUCUGCUUCUAUUGUUCGCAUGUAUUUGCUAGCGUGGAGAAGCUAUCGCUGCAUCUGGAGAACAAGCAUGAUAUGGACCAGCGCCACUUUGCCAAAGUGGAGGAGUGGAAAAUGCUGCAGGCGCUGGAGGAUCGAGCCCGUUAUUUAGUCUGCUGCACUUGUCAGACGAGUUUCGAGCUUGGCGCCCAGUUCGAGGAGCACGAUUGUGCCGAACUAAUGCAGCCGUGCACGCUGUGCGGCCUCAAGGGCAGCCAUGCCAAUGGUUGCAGAAAUGGCAGCAAUAGCAACAAUGUUGCCAACAGCAACAACAGUUCCAAUCGCAAAAAGACAACAGCAGCGAAACGAAAGCGAAGACCUGCCAAGAGCAAGCAGCUGCUGGAGAAGCUGCAGCAACAACAGCAACAGUUGCCGGACUCGGGCAACUCUGCCGUGCCAAUGGAGCAGGACCUAACUCAACAGCAGCAACAGCAACCAGCGAUGUUGUCGGAGAAUAACAUUCCAGCACCAAUUGAAGAUGCGCCACGAGAGGAAGAGGUGCCCCCACGACUGGUCGUGCCCAAGAUAAUGUUGCGUGUGCCCAAAGAGUUUCAAAAAUCAGUGGAUGCAGCGCUCAGUAGCACGGACACCGAGGACGAUGAAAACGAUGAGUUGCCAACGACAACAGCAACAGUUGCAGCAGCAGGAGGAGGAGAAGACACUGCAACACUGCUCACAGUGGAUGCAGUGCAGCUGCAGCAGCAGCAAGAACGCUUCUCAUCGCAAUCGGAUGAUACGGAAACGGCUACCGAAACGGCAUCAACGUUUUUGGAGGCAACGCACAUGCCCGCCCAUAUUUCACCGGAAGAUGUGGACGAUGAAGAUUCGCCGGCGUCAAAGUUGCCGCAGGUGUUGGCCGAAUUUGAGCGCACUAAACUGGACAUUGAGCGCACCAUGGCCAUAAUGGUGGCCAAAAGGCAGCUGCAGCAACAACAGCAGCUGCAGCAACAACAGCAGCUGCAGCAACAACAGCAGCAACUGGAGCAACAACAACAGGCAGCGGAGCAGCAGCGUUUACCCGAUGCUGAAGUCAAGCAGCAGCGACGUCGCUGGUCAUUGACGCCGCCCGCAUCUCCACACAACAAUCACCACCACAUCACCGACGACGAAGAUGAGACGCAUGUGCCAAGGGAACGGGAACAGAAACAGGAGGAUGAGUCAAUUGCAUCCCCAACUGCAGCACUGCAGCGACGCGAUACGCUGGGCAGCGAGUGCAUGGAUUUGGAUGAUAGUCUAAAUGAGCAGCAGCAGCAGGAGCAACAGCAGCAGCAGACACCCGAUGAGGAGCAGGAGGAGGAGGUGGAGGAUAAGGAGCAACAGGAGCAACAGCAACCCCCUCAAAUGGAAACACCUGCAACACCACCCGCCGAUGGCAUUGAGGUGGCCGGCGAGGAUACUUUAACGCUCGAUCUGCAACUCGAUCGACCGUUGGACAAAUUCGAAAUGGUUGACUUUGUACGACUCUGCCUGAAAGCUGUUUAUCCUUACUGCUUGUAUUGCAAUCAUGCGCGACGCAUCGCUGUCAAUGCCCGCCAACUGGUGCUGCAUCUGAUUGCCAUGCAUCGUUUCACGGCGACCGUGGAUAGCAUCACCGCCGAGGAGUUGCAUGCAGAGACCAUUGUGAUGCGUCUGAAGAGUUAUUUGCCAGCCUUCGAGGAUGGCGGCCACUACAUGAAUGCGGUCAGCUGUUGCAGUGUGGACGGCGGGCGGUUUACUCAGCCCUUCAAUGAGCGGUUGUACGAGUGUUUUUCAUGUCGUUAUGUGACCGCCACCCACAAAGAGCUCUACACCCACAAUCGGCGACUGCACAUCAAAGCGAAUAUUACGUGUGCGAUGUGCGGCUUGAAUUUCUAUAGCUUCAGCGAUCUGCUGUGUCACAUUUGCCCAGGUGUCGCCACCUUAAAUCCGUUCGAGUUGCAAUUCCGUUGCUGCUUGUGCGAUAGGGCACCGUUGCCGAGCGCCUUCCGUCUGAUGGUCCACCUGCGGAAACAGCAUCAGGCGUGUGAUAUCUGCCUGGAGGAUUGCCACACACAGGCCAAGCUGUCGGCGCAUGUGUGGAAGCAUAAGUUGUUGCAUCUGUGCUAUCGUUGCGGCAUCUCGUAUCGCAACAAACAGGACAUCUCCAAGCAUCUGUUCUGGAAGCAUGGCACUGAGAGUGCCAGCUGCAAGCGUUGCAUGCAGAAACGCUGGCGUCACGUCUAUCAUUUCUGUGUGCCACCGGCGCAAUUCGUUUGCGAGCAUUGCCAGUUCACGUUCAGCAAGGCCAUCUAUCUGGAGGUGCAUAAGCGUCAGCAUCUGGGUGAUUUUCGUUAUGCUUGCAAUGAGGAGCAGUGCGACGAGAAGUUUGUCUCGCGCAAGCUGCUUCUCAAGCAUGCCGCUCAGCAUGUCAUCGAAGAGGCAGCAACGACUUCAGUUAGGGAAUUCGACGAGCAACAGCCAACGCUAAAGCAUGAGGAGGAGCAGCAGCUGCAGCAACAGCAGGAGACGCACAACUCGCGACGCACAUCUUCCGAGCUGCAGCCGGAUGAGCAAUUGGCGCAGCUUAAAACCGAGCUAUCCUCACCCAAGCCGGAGGCAGUGGAGCAGCAUCAAGUGGAUGCCGCUAAAGAUAAAACACAGCCACAGCCGGCAGAGCAAAUGGAACAGCAGCAGCAGCAGCCGACGGCUCGCAAGCGACGCAAGAAGAACAAGCGCAACAAGGCAUCGCUGGAGGAUCUAAAUCUCAUUGCGCCUAAUCUCUCCGAAUCAGAUAGCAGCGAUGACAGCGAUUCGGAUGCGCCACGAAGCACGGGCACACAGCAGGACAACCAGCAGGCAACGACACUGCCCAUGCGCGCCUCUGUCGAUGAUCUGGAUAUGCCGCGGGUAAUGCUCUCCCCAGCCUCGGAGAGUGACAGCGAAGAGCUGGCAAAGGAGCAGCCAAAGCAGGAGUCGCUAGAUGCAGAGCUGCCCAAAAUGGAGCUGGAGCAACUGCAGCCACCGACGAAAACAGAAAACGAGGAGGAGCACAAGCCCAAGCUAGAACAGGAGAACAAGGAGCACGACGACGAGGAGGAAACGGAGAAGGAGAUGGCAAAUGUGGAGCCACAAGAAGUGCCCGACAUAUGGAAGAAUCUGCUGCAACAUCAGCCGGCUAUUGCAAAAAUGGAAGUCGAAACGCCCAUUGAAAUUGAGCCUAAUGAGGAGCAGUUGCGUCCGGUCAAGUUGCAUGUGAUCAUCUCCGAUCAUGAUUAUUGUAAAAUGCAACGUACGCCGCCGCCAACGCCACCGCCCUCGCCCCGCAAGCUAUCGUCACAUGGGAAAGCAGCGAAGGCGAACAAGCGAGGCACUGCCGCUUCCAGCGACAGCGAUAGCUCCAGCAGCUCCAGUUCCAAUUCGGAUUCCGAUAGCUCCAGUUGUUCGUGUGGCUCGAAUUGCAGUUGCAGUUCCAGCGGCAGCAGCUCCAGCGACGAUGACUCGGACAAUGAAUCACCCGCCCAGAAGAAGGGCAACGAUCGCAUCUCCGAGUCCAACAGCAACAACAAUAGCAACAACAACAACAGCGAGGAAUAUGUAAAUGUGACGGCUGUCAGUGAGACAGUAGAGCCACGCCCAGUAACGCCCACGCCCCAAGCGCCAUUGUACAAUGAAUCUGAUUUCGAUACGGCUGUCUCCGAUACGGAUGAGGAAUUUUACGAUGCCGAUCCCCAGAAAAAGGCCAUGGAAUUGGCCGAGAAGCGUCUGGCGGCGGAGCAUUCAAGCCACCAACAGUAUCCGGGUGCCGGCAACAAUUAUCUGAUUGUGGAGAAUAGUCGGCCGUCGACGCCAUCGCUGCCGGAGGAGGCGGCCGCCUUUGCGGAUAAGGAUCGGCGUGAACGUGUCAGCAAGAACAAGAAGAAGAAACGUGAACGUAAAUCCACCUGCAGAUCCACGUCGACGAGCCAGGCCAAGUUGAUGACCCAACUGUUGCUGCCCCAAAUGGAAAUGGCUGCUGCAUCAACGCCGCAACUGCUGCAGCAACAACAACAGCUGCAGCAGCAGCAACAACAGCUGCAGCAACAACAACAGCUGCAACAGCAACAGCAGCAGCAACUGCAUCAUCAACUGCUGGUCGAAUCCUCGGCCAUGACACCGAUCACACAUCGACCCAGCUGGCAGCCGCGGAUGAGCGAGGGCAGCAGCUGUUCCGAUGCCGAUGGUCAACUGAAGCGCUCCAAGCGCACACGACGCCCCAACAAAUUCUAUGGCUAUACCAGCGAGGAUGAAAAUAUGAGUGCGGUGCUGGCGCCACCGUUGCAGGUUGGCAUGCAGUUAAUCAAGCCACAGCCGCCGCCACAACUCACCUGGGCCAAGGAGGAUCUGCCGACGCCGCCAAAGCAGCAGCGCAAUCGCAGCAGCAAUAAUCACAAUGUUGCUGCCGCCGACCAUCAUCAUCAUCAUCAUCAUCACCAGCAGCAGCAGCAACAGCAGACGCCGCAUCAGCAGACGCCUCAUCACAACUCGUCGCAUCAGCACAGCAAUGGCAGUGGACGGAAGCGGACCAAACGCACACCGCUCAGCGCUGGAUCUGUUGGUGGUCGACGUGCAGCGAAACGUGUCAAGCAGCAAGGAACACCAGCAAUGGUGCUGGCGAAGCAACAGCCGACACCGCUACCAUUGCCACCGAUACCCACACUGAAAAUACGACCCGCUUUGUUGCCCGCUGCGAGCGCCAUUAACAGCGACAGCAGCGAUAGCAGCUCCGAUGAUGAUGCCGAAAUAAAUGUGACAAGUUUGCUGGCAACGCCGACAGCAACGCGGGCACCGCCUACACAACCACAAUCGUCAUCAUCCAUGCCGACUGUGUUGCAAGCAGCCCCAAUCGUACCGUUGCCAACGCCACCACCACCGCCGCCGCCAGCAACGACUGCCUUCAAUCAACCCAUUCCGCCAGCGCUGCUGCCCAAUCCGGAUUUUGCAACGUUGCAAUACUUUAAGGCGAACAAUAUUCGAUAUCCGAUCAGGCCACCGGCGGGUGCUCGGCUGGCGCGUGAAGGUGAAUCGGUAUACUGCUAUUGUCGCUGUCCCUACGACGAGGUGUCCGAGAUGAUUGCUUGCGAUGGUCAGAACUGUCUCAUCGAGUGGUUUCACUUCGAAUGCGUUGGAAUUAUGGUUGCGCCGCAGGGCAAAUGGUUCUGUGCCGAGUGCCGGCCCAAAUACUCGGAGGGACUCUAUCCCGGCCAACUGAAGGCCAAGUGAAGUGUUUUAGAUUUACUUAUCGACUUAUCCUAAAUAUUAAACCAUAACAAAAAAAAACAAAAAACAACAAAAAACAACAACAACACCCACUACAGAAUGGAUUACGCUUAUUAAAUGUUUAAAAAAAAAUAUUAAAAAAAUGUUCGUUGUUUUCACAACUUUGGAUUAAAAAAAUGAAAUCUAUAAAAAAAAAAUAAACAAUGAAAAGUUAAUUACAUUUAAAUUAAGCUAAGUGAGAAGUUAGAAUAUGUGUGGAGUAAUACAUAUAUCUAUAUAUAUACAUAUAUACAAAUAUAUGAUUAUGAAUAUAUGAAGUCCAGGCUCAAAGACGACUUGGCUACGGCAUAAACUAAGUUAAUUUUAAAUAUAUCUAUUAUCAUAAUACACAUUACACAUGAAUGUAUAUUCGUAUAUUUGUAAUCUAAUGGAAUAUAUAUAUAUUGUAAAUAUGUGAGAAAUUCGUGCAUGAAACCCAUUCGAAAUUAUGGGUACUACUCUAUAUAUAUAUAUAUAUAUACAUACAUAUACGUACAUAUAUAUAUAUAUGUAAUUAGUUAGCUCAUGCAAGAUCUAUAUCUAAACGUUUAGAUUUAAUUCUCAACCCCAGCAUCAGUAGUUAUGAUGAUGUUUAUGAUAAACUUUAAUGACUAUCGUUAGCUAUAUAUAUGUGUAAAAAAAAACAACAACAAAAAAUCUAACGUCAAAUUCGAAUUUCAGUCGAGAUGCGAAAAAUAAACAUUCAGUAAGUGAACCA